AUGAAUUUUAGUAUACAUUAAUUAUAAUAGUUGUUUGAGGAUAAAGAGAAAAGUGAACCACAUACACCAAUUUUUAAUGGAAAAACAGGUUCUUUAGAUAAAUUGGAUUUUCUUAUCUCAUAAAUUGAAGAAAUAAGAUUAGAAAAUAUCUAAUUUCAAAAUUAAAUCUAAAUUUAUUAGAAUGAAUUAAAUUCAAAAUUAAGUAUUUAUUUGUUACAUAAUAAAGAGAAUAAUGAUGUCAUAAAUACUUAAAUCAAAGAAAUUGAAAAAUAAAUAUAAAAUGAAAUUAUUCAAAAUAAAUUAUUAACAUUUAAUUACAUAUAAAAACAUGAGGAUUGUUUUGAGAUAAAAAAAUAAAUCAUUAAUAAUAAUAGACAAGAUUAAAUAGUUUCAAUACCAGACCUUAACAAUCCCAAUCGCCCCUCUGAUUGCUCUACAGCUCCUAGUCCUGGAAUGAAAGUAUAAAUCAUGAGAGCUACUAAAAAAGUUUCUAGUGUCAUUUUUAGUGACUUUUGA